GUUUAAGGGGCUAAAGUAUUAUAGCCGGUUUUCAUUUGUAUCCCACCGCGCGUUGAGAAGAAGCGCAGCAGCACAUUGUCAACUUUCAGACUCCCUUGCAGAAGAAGCGGUCACUGCUCUUCAUCUCUGAAACUGCCGGACGACGAGGUCUCAUUCGGUUAGAUUCUGUUAGAAAUAAUAGUGGAUGGCGUCAAUGAUAUUCACAGACUGUUCUUCAUCUACCACGGCUCGCCUCCUUCCCUUGACCAGGCGACCACUCCUCCACACCACAAAUGGCAUCGGUGCCCUCCGCUGGCUAAUGGCACCAACAAAACCCAGCUCUCGCAGAGCCCUCUCCGUUUGUUUUUCGGCCUCACCAUCACCCCUUGUCAAUGCUUCUUUGACUACUGAAGAAUCAGCUAAAGUCAUUGAUGGGAAAUAUGUUGCGAAGACAAUACAGAAGGAGAUAGCUGCUGAAGUAUCAAGGAUGAAGGAGGCAAUUGGUGUAGUUCCUGGAUUAGCAGUCAUACUUGUUGGGAACAGGAAAGAUUCUGCUGCCUAUGUACGCCAAAAGACGAAAGUUUGUGAAUCUGUGGGGAUUAAUUCAUUUGAAGUACGUAUACCUGAGGAUUCCACAGAGCAAGAAGUACUAAAGUAUAUCUCGGAGUUUAAUGAUGACCCUUCAGUUCAUGGCAUCCUUGUUCAGCUGCCUCUGCCUGCUCAUAUGAAUGAUGAGAACAUCCUCAAUGCUGUUAGCAUUGAAAAAGAUGUCGAUGGAUUUCACCCUGUACAUAUUGGUCGUCUUGCCAUGCGUGACAGGGAACCCUUGUUUGUUCCUUGUACACCAAAAGGAUGCAUUGAGCUAUUACGCAGAUAUGACAUCAGUAUCAAAGGCAAGAGGGCUGUUGUAAUUGGACGGAGCAAUAUUGUUGGAACGCCAGCUGCUUUGUUGCUGCAGAGGGAAGAUGCUACAGUCAGUGUUGUCCACUCCCGGACCAGCAAUCCCGAGGAGCUCACCAGACAAGCAGAUAUUGUGAUUGCAGCUGUUGGAAAGCCAAAUAUGGUGAGGGGUGGUUGGAUAAAACCUGGUGCAGUUGUUAUUGAUGUGGGAAUCAAUCCAGUCGAGGACGCAAAAAGCCCUCGAGGUCACAGGUUGGUCGGAGAUGUGUGUUAUGAUGAAGUCAGCAAGAUUGCAUCAGCCAUCACUCCAGUUCCUGGGGGAGUAGGUCCAAUGACAGUGGCAAUGCUUGUCUCUAAUACUCUUAUUUCAGCAAAGCGGAUUCAUAACUUCCAGUAAAAUUUUCAGAAUUCUCUAAGAGGAGGAUAAAUUUCCAUUAGAACACAGUUCUGUCACCAUAAAAUGACCUCUAUGAAUUGGAGUUUUGUUUUUUCUUUUUUCCCGGUAACCUAUGGUAAAAUAUAUUAGAUGUUACAUUUUUAAAUGAUUUAAUUGUGGGAAAAGAGGAAAUUACAUUGAUAAUGAAGGUUUUCUAUUCAGUGUAAAUAAAAAGAAUAGUAGUUGCUGACUUCUAGA